AGUGGAGUGUGUUUGGAGACAGAGCUGGAAAGAGUGUGUGUGAGGGGGCUCUAUGGACAUGUCAUAGUUCACUCUGGAAGCCUGAUCAAGCUGGUGGAGGUGUUUUUAGACUUUACAUCAUACCUAGGAUGAGGACUCAAUUUGGAGUUUUAUUUUUGUUGGCCCUUUGGCCGGUCCAGUCAGGUGCUUGGUUCUGGUCCUGGACUGGUACAACAGCUCUGCCCCCAACAGUGGAACAUGAGGGGUCUGGCAGUCCAGCAGGCAGUGGAGAACCACCACCAGAGAGUAUUGCAAGGGUUGGAGCCGAGAUCAUUGAUGAGGCGCAUGAUGUUGCUAAAGUUGUGCAGACCUGGGAUAGAACCACUGAGGCUCCUCAACUGACCCCUCUAUUGCCUACAACACACUUGGACAAUGAGCCUGCUUCAGAAAAGGGAUCUGCAAGGAUUUCAUCUCGAAACCGUGAAUCUGAGGAGAGUGGCGUCUCCCUGCUGCAGCUGAUUGGAGAUCCUCCUCCAAAUGAGAUCACCCAGGUCUACGGUCCCGAUAACAGCCCUGGCUACGUCUUUGGUCCUGAUGCCAACACAGGCCAGCUGGCCCGCGCCCACCUGCCCAGUCCAUUCUUCCGAGACUUCGCCCUCAUCUUCAACUUGAAACCCACUUCUGAUAGGGGCGGCAUCAUCUUUUCCGUCACAGACUCCUCACAGCGGAUCAUGUACGUGGGAGUGAAACUGUCUGCUGUGCAGGGCGGAAACCAAAAUGUCAUCCUGUACUACACAGAGCCCGACUCGCAGCAGUCCUACGAGGCAGCCAGGUUCCUUGUUCCCUCCAUGAGGGAUACCUGGACUCGUUUUGCCAUCGCUGUGAAAGACGACAAGGUGAUGUUCUACCUCAACUGUGACACAGACCCUCAGGUGAUGGGCUUUGAGAGAUCCCCUGAUGAGAUGGUGCUGGAGGCUGGAGCUGGAGUCUUUGUUGGGCAAGCUGGAGGAGCUGAUCCUGAUAAGUUUCUGGGGGUCAUCGGAGAGCUGAGGGUGGUGGCAGACCCCCGCGCUGCUGAGAGACACUGUGAGGACGACGAAGAUGACUCAGAUAUGGCUUCAGGUGAAGGAAGCGGCUUGAGAGAAACUGGAAAGCCAAAACCAGCUGAGGAGAAACCAAGAUGGACAACUGCUCCUCCCUCUUCUCGGCCUAUCCAGCAGCCACCAGUGAUCAAGAAAGAGGAGGUGUCACUUUCAAGAGAAACUGCAACUGACUCCCGGCAGGUUUCAGUUCCUGUGGAGUCAAGACCCGGACUUCCUGGGUCACCAGGGCCAGUUGGGUCUAAAGGAGAAAAGGGCGACCAAGGAGACCGAGGACUGAAAGGAGACAGGGGUCCGAUCGGGCCAAAGGGAGAUUCUGGCUCCAGCUCCAGCUCCCGGGGUGGAGCCCGCGGAGAGAAGGGGGAACUGGGAGAAAAAGGAUCAAAGGGCUCUGCAGGCUUUGGCUACCAAGGUACAAAGGGAGAGCCUGGUCCACCUGGGCCAGCUGGUCAACCAGGCCCUCCAGGGCCCGCCACUGAGUUUUCAGUUGGCAAUGAUGGCACAGUUGCUUCCAGAGUCCCAGGACCUCGAGGACCAGCUGGACCACCAGGUGCCUCAGGACCCGAGGGACCACCAGGAGCUGAUGGGGAGCCAGGUGAUCCUGGUGAGGACGGGAAAACUGGUUCCGAUGGUCCUCCAGGGUUCCCAGGAACCCCAGGUGAUUCUGGAGUCAAAGGAGAGAAGGGAGAUCGUGGAGAAGGUCAACCUGGCGCCAGGGGGCUCCCAGGACCUCCAGGACCCCCAGGACCAGGCAUGAGAUCUACUUUUGUGGACAUGGAGGGCUCUGGAUUUCCUGAUCUGGAAUCUGUGCGGGGACUUCCUGGCCCACCAGGUCCUCCUGGUCCCCCAGGUCUUCCUGGUCCCUCUACAAGAGGCACAGCAUCUGCCUCUGGGGCAUUUGGUCCUCCAGGAAAGGACGGGGCUCCUGGUCAACCAGGUUUGCCUGGUUUGCCGGGUACUGAUGGUUCUCCAGGACUUCUUGGUCCUAAGGGAGAAAAGGGGGAUUCAGGCGUGCUGGGUCUUCCAGGUGCCGUUGGAGGAAAGGGAGAUCAAGGAGACCAUGGUUUACCUGGAUCUCCAGGCGAACCUGGAUUGGCUGGUCUGCCUGGACCCAUAGGACCAGUUGGGCAACCUGGGCCUCCAGGACCUCCUGGACCAAGUUAUCGUGUUGGAUUUGACGACAUGGAGGGCUCUGGUGGUUUCUCAAAUGGACUCCCUGGUGUCAGAGGACCAGAAGGAAGACAGGGUCUUCCUGGCUUGCCUGGACUUCCAGGUAAACCUGGGUUCCCUGGUUUACCAGGUCAGAAGGGCCAUGAAGGUCCUAUUGGACGAGACGGUCAAGCCGGGCUGGAUGGCUUCCCUGGACCUCAGGGACCAAAGGGCAACAGUGGGGACAGAGGAGAGAGGGGAGACCCAGGUCGAGAUGGAAACGGGAUUCCAGGACCACCCGGUCCCCCUGGACCACCAGGACAAAUCAUCUAUCAGAUAUCUGGCAAUCCCGAUGGAAGCGCCGGCACUGUGGGAACACAGGGAGGACCUGGUUUACCUGGGCAGGCUGGAUUCCCUGGUCCUAUUGGACCAAAGGGUGACACAGGAGAACCGGGCAUCCCAGGCUAUGCAGUGAAGGGGGAGAAAGGUGAGCCAGGCUUGGUGAUCGGACCUGAUGGAAACCUUCUGUCUCUGGAGGGCCUUACAGGUCUGAAGGGCGACAGAGGACCAGCAGGACCUGUCGGACCCUCUGGUCAGUAUGGACCUUCUGGACCUAAGGGUGAAAUUGGAAUGCCUGGAAGACCUGGUCGACCCGGUGUGAAUGGUUACAAGGGUGAGAAAGGAGACCCCUCUGGCUAUGGCUACCCAGGAGUUCCUGGCCCACCAGGACCACCAGGACCCCCCGGAUCCGCUGGACCAGCUCUAGAUCGCUUCAAUCGCUACGAAGACAUCUCAAGGAACCACUACGACAGUAAAGGGGAAAAAGGAGAGCGUGGUGACACAGGACUUCCAGGGAUCCCAGGAACAGCUUCUAAUUUUGAUAUUUACGCAUUUAAGAAUGAACUGAAAGGAGAGCGUGGAGAAAAUGGUGGGAAGGGAGAGAAGGGAGAGCCAGGUGGUGGAUUUUAUGACCCUUUUGGAGGAGUACAAGGCCAACCAGGGACUCCUGGAAAACCAGGCCUCCCGGGGCCAAAGGGAGAGUCUAUUGUUGGCCCUGCUGGACCUCAGGGGCCACCAGGAGCACCAGGGAUUGGUUAUGAUGGCCGUGCAGGGCCUGCAGGACCACCUGGCCCCCCAGGACCCCCAGGGUCUUCCUUACUACCAGGAGCAUACAGACCCAAUCACUCUGCCAGCCUUCCUGGACCUCCUGGUCCUCCUGGUCCACCUGGAAAUCCUGGUCAAUCCUCAGGAGUAACAGUCCUGAGAUCAUAUGACACCAUGAUUGCUACUGCCAGGCGUCAGACAGAGGGCAGCCUCAUCUACAUCAUAGACAGAGCAGACCUGUAUCUGAGAGUACGAGACGGACUGCGGCAGGUCAUGCUCGGAGACUACAGCCCCUUCUUCAGAGAUCUGGAGAAUGAGGUUGCUGAAGUCCAGCCCCCACCUGUGAUCCAGUACCCUCAGUCCCAGGAUCAGUCACACAACAAUGGAGCUGGCCAUUACUCCCAGGGGGGUUCUUCCAUACGUCCCAUUGAGCCUCCGCCACGCACCCCUGUAGACCCCAGAUACCCCCCACAGUAUGAUCCCAGAUUCCCAGACCCAAGACAUACAGGCCAGACAGACGGAAGACUAGCUAGCAAACACACGGAAAACAGACACCCUGUCACACCACAGAGACUACCCAGCCCACCUGUACCUCAACCUGCAGGCAACCUGGACACAUCAGGAUCAGGGCUCCGCCUUAUCGCCCUCAACGCCCCUCAGAGUGGAAACAUGCGAGGAAUCCGUGGAGCAGACUUCCUGUGCUUCCAGCAGGCUCGCGCUGUAGGCCUGAAGGGAACCUUCAGAGCUUUCCUGUCCUCCAAACUUCAAGACCUCUACACCAUCGUCCGCAGGUCGGACAGGGACACCUUCCCUAUCGUUAACCUGAAGGACCAAGUGCUGUUCAGCAGCUGGGAGUCGGUCUUUGGUGACGAUGCCAACAGAAUGAAGGAGAAUGUUCCGAUCUACUCCUUCGAUGGCAGAGACAUCCUCAGGGACAGUGCAUGGCCAGAGAAAAUGGUCUGGCACGGAUCGAACAACAAAGGCCACCGUCAAACAGACCACUACUGUGAAACCUGGCGGGCGGGCGACCACGCUGUGUCUGGUCUGGCAUCGUCGCUACAGAGCGGACACCUCCUGCAGCAGACGCCCAGCGGCUGCUCCGGCUCCUACAUCGUCCUCUGCAUCGAGAACGCCUUCACAUCACACUCCAAAAAAUAAAUCCCGUCCAUCGUCCUCCUUUGUUUUUUCGUUCUGGGCCCUAGGUAAACACAGUUUUUAAUUCCCUGACAACACGCCUUGUGAACAUGUGGCGUCCAAUGAACUGGCCCUGAGGCUCUUUGCCUGGCAGAGACGCUUUGCAUCGUCUGCUCCUCCCCUCCACAAACGCCAAAGAGAUGGGUCGAACAGAGGGGUGUUGGUCCUUUUUCUCGGGGGCAUUGGCACAUAUUUUCUCCUAGGGGUGGAAAAAGAGCAGAGAGGCUUAAUGCGUUCUCAAAUUGUAUCCUUUUUUUAAAAUCUGUAUAUUACAUGUUUGUCAUUUGUGUUUUUAUUUUGUUAAUUUUUGGACGUUAUCAAUGUUUUACCUUUUGAACUGUUUAUAAAAGUGCUAUAUCCAUCCUGUUAUUUUUUUUACUUUAGGUAUUGAUCAUUUCCACAAUUUUUCCAAUUUAAUUUUAGAGUUUUGGGUUAUGACGGGGAACAGCAAACUUUUAAAGACUAUUUUUAAAUUUAAAGAAAAUAAUAGAUAUUUAUUUUUAAAUGAAGUUAUGUACGGACAUGAUUUGGGCAAUCAAAAGUUAGAUACCCUCAUUUCUAUUCUUCACAACACAGAUCAUUCAGGAGCUAGUGGACAGGAACUGUGCCUUAUUACACAACCAGCUCAUAAAAAGAACAACUCCAUCUUCAUGCACUACUACACUCCUCUGUUAAUGUUACAGCGUGUUUUGCUCAAGUGCAUUUGGGCACUUUUACUUGACACUACAUUUAAAUGACCUUUUUUGGACACACACUGCUGUAAUGAGUAAUCCCAAAUCCAGAGGGCCAGAUUCCCUCCCGCUGAAAUUGAGCCUUUUGAAUCAAAAAUGAUUAUUUCCCCUUUUACCACUUAAUGAAAACCUAUCAGUGAGUAAGCUGGAAAUGAUUAGUUUGCUGCUAAUCUUUGUUGGAGUGAUUGCUGUCACAAGUGUUAAGGAUGGGAAAAACCAGUAUGUCAAGGAAGCAGUUUUUUUGCAGCAGCCGUGGAUUACAAUUCAGACUAAUAUGACCUCGGUGCUGCGGAUGUCUUGACUGAAUCUGUGAAUAUCCAUUUUUAUAUCAAAUUGUGCGUUACUGUUUCUCCCAGGCACUGAAUAAAACCUUUUCAACUACAACAA